AUGGAUGAGCUGCGACGUGUCAAGAGAGAGCUAAAACGCCUCAGGACCGCAAUUCCACCGCUGCCCACACCGGAUACGCUUUACGAUGACAUGGUCGACAACUGUCGCAAUAUCAUGAGAACGAUAGAAUCGCUUGAUGGACUCCGUAGUGAUAUCGAGUAUUUCUAUAAUAGUAAUUUGCGAUAUGGCGAAUUGAAACGCGAGGCGCAAAUACUGGAGCGCAAGGCAGAAAUCUGCAAGCUUAAGUUCCAGUCUUUGCGCCAGCACUUACGUUUGUUGUUCUCGGUAGUUCCUAUCCUAAAAGCGAUGUCAGCACUAGCAUGGAGAGCGAAAAUGCAGGAGCCCCAAAGUUACGUAAGGCGAGAUGGACAAGAAAAAGAACUGCUGACGAGCCAGAAAGAGAUUGAGAUUAUUGUGAACGAUCAGCUGCAAGGGAUGAACGAAUUUUUCACUGCGAUUCGCGGAAUCCGUUCCAGCUGUCUCAAUAUGGAGCGUGGCCAGAAGGAAAGCCUCAAUGUUCGUAUUCUGGAAACGGUGCAGUUCAUCAGCGCCACCGUAACGGACAUAAAGGAACAAAUGGAGCGGGUCGGAGCAAACCAAGUCCACGAUGAAGCGCAGCCGACAACUUCCAGUUCGACACUAGGGGACAACUUUUCGCAGACGGUGGAAAGUUGCCAGAUGGCAACCAACGAGAAGGAUCGUGGGGAAAGUUCAGAACAGGCGAAAAUUGCGAGUAAUGCCGAGUAUAUGGAAGCGGUGGAGAUGGAAUACGAAAAGGCGAGAGACGACCCGAAGGAAGCCGCAAUUCGAGCAGAGAUCAAAUCGCUGGAAACAGAACUCACCAAUGUCCAGAAGCGCCUUCGAGAACUUGCGAGGAAGCGAACCUGUAGGCAGCGAGAGUAUGAGGCAGGAGUUUACCGCACUGAAGAAAGAAAGAUGAGAUGUGUUUUCUGCGGUGAGCAAGGAUUGCACUACUCUGACUCCUGCAGUAAGAUGCGAACCGGCGCGGAAAGAAGCUUCCUGAGAAAAGGUGGCAGAUGUUUUAAUUGUUUAGAGCUGCACUGCGUAGGUGGCUUUCAGUGCGUGAAGUACCGGUUACCCUGUUUCCAUUGCAAAGAAAGAGGGCAUCACUCGGCCACAUGCGAACUACUGGAAACCUCAGUGCAGACGGGAGUGGAGAAGCUGCAGUGCGAGUUGGCGAUUGACAACAUUUUCAGAAGGCUCCGUCAGCUCCGCAAAAGGGAUAGUGAGAAAAGUUAG